GUUGCUCAGCUGACCGCUACUUCUGACUUGUGACAGAACUUUUUUUCUCCUCUCAGUCAUGGCAGCAAGAAACGUCUCCCGAUUCUGGGAGUGGGGUCGGAAAAUCAUCUGUGUGGGUCGAAACUACGUCGACCACGCGAAAGAGCUGAAAAACGCUGUUCCGACGGAGCCCGUACUCUUUCUGAAGCCGCCGUCCGCUUACAUAAGAGAGGGCUCGCCCAUCCUGGUCCCGACCUACUGCCGCAACCUGCACCAUGAGGUGGAGUUGGGGGUCGUCAUCGGAAAAGGGGGUAUGGGCAUCUCUCAGGCCAACGCCAUGGAUCAUGUCGCCGGCUACGCGUUGUGCUUGGACAUGACCGCCCGGGACGUUCAGGACGAGUGCAAGUCCAAAGGUCUUCCCUGGACUCGGGCCAAAGCCUUCAACACCUCCUGCCCCAUCAGCGACUUCAUCCCCAAAGAUCGCAUCCCAGAACCGGGGAACGUCAACCUGUGGCUGAAGGUCAACGGUCAGCUGAGGCAGAGCGGCUGCACCGCGCAGAUGAUCUUCUCCAUCCCGUAUCUCAUCAGCUACAUCAGCGACUUCAUCACCCUGGAGGAGGGAGACCUCAUCCUCACCGGGACCCCGAAAGGAGUCUCCGCCGUCCAGGAGCACGACGAGCUCCAGGCUGGGAUCGAGGAUGUGGUCACCAUGACAUUUAAGGUGGACAGACAUAUAUAAAACUUUGAAAAGUCGAUGCAAGAUUGGACCAGCAGAGGUCGGUGUCGAGCCAUCAAAGGGACCACUACAGCAACAAACCAAGCCAAAGCACUUUUCUUUUUGUAUAAUCCUGAAAACAAAGAAAAAUGAUGAAUAAAUGAAUAAAAUGAU